AUGGAGGACGACCGGCAGGGGCCACCGGGCGACGGCGCCGAAGAUCUCGAUCUCGACCUCGACCUCAUCAGCCGCCUCCCGGACGAGCUGCUCGGCACCGUCGUCUCGCUCCUCCCCACCAAGGACGGCGCGCGCACGCAGUUACUCUCCCGCCGCUGGCGCCCGCUCUGGCGCUCCUCCAUGGCGCCGCUCAACCUCAUCGCCGACUACCACCUCUCCGAAAAGGUCUCGCGCGCGGCGCUGGUCUCCAGGAUCCUCGCCGAUCACCCCGGCCCGGCCCGCCGCUUCUCAAUCCAGCUCAUGUUCCUCCCGGAGAGCUUCGACGAGGUCGACGGCUGGUUCCGCUCCGGGACCCUCGCCGGCCUCCACCAGCUCGAGGCCACCAACCUGCGGAAUAGCUACUACCCGCUGCCGCAGCACGCCCUGGUCCGCUUCGCGCCGACGCUGCGCGUGCUCAGCCUCGGCGGUUGCCGGUUCCCUGACCUUGCCCGGCCGCCGAGCUUCCCGCACCUCAAUCAGCUCAUCCUAUACGAUGUCGGCAUCUCGGAGAGCUCUCUGCAAAGUGUGAUCUCGGGCUGCCUUGUUCUGCAAAGCGUCUCGCUGCACAACAUGGGCUUUGGUCGCCUUUGCAUCAGGUCGCCCACCCUCCGGAGCAUCGGCUUCUAUGCUCCUCGCACACAAGGCGUCACCACUUUCCAGGAGCUGGUAAUCGAGGAUGCCCCUUGCCUUGAUAGAUUGCUGCCAAUUUAUCCAGAUGAUGGCCCCGUGACUAUACGAGUGAUUCGGGCUCCUAAACUGCAGAUAUUGGGUUUUUUGUCGGAAGGCAUAUCCACACUCCAAUUUGGAACGACAGUAUUUCAGGUAGCAGCCAGGACAAUAUCGCAUUCAAUAUACCUAUAUUCAGGCUAUGAUUUCUUAUAUAUCACACACUUUUUUGUUUUUCUUCAGAAAAUGUUUGCUGUCAGCUUGACAACCAAGAUGUACACAAUGAAGAUUUUGGCUCUUGACUCAAUUGGCCCUAAUCUGGAUGCAGUUAUUGAUUUUCUCAAGUGCUUCCCCUGCUUGGAGAAGCUCCAUGUCAUUUCGCAUCCCCAAAAGGCUAUGAAUAAUGUGCGGAAGUUUGACCCACUCGAGCAAAUUGAAUGCCUUGAACUCCAUCUAAAAAAAGUGGUGUUGAAGAAUUACAAUGCUGACAAGAGUCCAUCAGUCGACUUUGCAAACUUCUUUAUUUUGAAUGCCAAAGUGCUGGAGGAAAUGGAAGUCGGAGUUCUUGACGACGGCAGCUACAGAUGUAUGUGUGACAAAUGGAUGCGUGAUCAACAUAGGCCGCUUCAGUUGGAUAACAGAGCUUCUCAAAAUGCUCGAAUUGAACUAAAAAGGGAUGGAAAGGCGAUCCCAGCAAACCACGGGCAUACCCAUGAUUUGUCAAUGGCUGAUCCCUUUGACAAGUCCUCGUGUGGAUGUGGUAAGUGUGUUAGAUAUAGUUAG